AUGUACGAGUCACUUGAAGCCAAGCUGGUCAGAACUCAGGAACAAAAUUUUCCUGUGAGGAACAAAGAAAACUAUGCAAAAUUUUCAUAUCAUUGGGACACAGGAGUUCCAAAUUCAGUAGAAAGCAAAAAAAAUGUAUGCGUUCUUUUAGAGGACAAUUGUGAAACUGAUGAUAAGCCGAUAAUAAUGAAAGCUGGAGGUACUGCUUCUACUACAACUCCAGGUACUGCUUCUACUACAACUCCAGGUGCUAGUUCUACUGCAGCUCUCACUACUGCUUCUACCACAACUCCAGGUGCUAGUUCUCCUGCAACUCCCAGUACAGUGUCUACUAUAACUCCAGCUGCUAGUUCUACCGCAAAUCCCAGUACUGCGUCUACUACAACUCCAGGUGCUACUUCUACUGCAACUCCCAGUCCCACACCUGCAACAACUACAGGUGCAAGUUCCACUACAGCUCCCAGUACUGCUUCUACAAUGACUACAGGUACCACACCUACAACAACUCCAGGUGCAAGUUCCACUACAGCUUCCAGUACUGCUUCUACUACAUCUCCAGGUGCUAGUUCUACUGCAGCUCUCAGUACGGCUUCUACUACAACUCCAGGUGCCAGUUCUACUGCAAUUCCCAGUAGUGCUUCUACUACAACUCCAGGUGCUAGUUCUACUGCAACUCCCAGUACCAAAGCUCACUUCUGAAUUGUCUAAAAUUCUAGUAACCACUGCUUGAACACUCGUUACCGAACAAUUCUUUGGGAUUGAGAUUGCUUUACACACACACUCCUGUUUUGUGGUGCCGCGGGUGA